GCUCGGGGCGCUCCUCGGGCCGGCCGGCGGCGCUGCCAGGCGGGAGCGGGAGGCCGCCGCCAUGUCGGGGGCAGGGGGCUGUCGGCGGGCGGCCGGGCGGCGCAGCGCGGCGCAGGAGGAGCUACAAGAAGUGAUUUCUGCUCAUGCAGCAAGAGAGCAAACAGCUGAGUACUCAGAUGACUUUGAGAGUGACGAAGAUGGCAUGUUAAAUAAUAUUGGCAAAGAACUUAAUGAAAGUAAUUCAGGUGCUGAAAGCACUAAGAAAUCAGUUGCUGUUGAGAGUCCUCUCUUGGAUGAUGAUGCUUCACAAAAAGCAGCAGAUGUGGAAAACGAAGCUGCUGAUGACUUGACUUUAUCCUUUCGUGAAAACAAGCUUCAGCAAAUAAUGCUUGUAGAAAGUGAAAAUGUACAGGAUGACAGAAAAGAUGGUGAAGAAGAAUGCUUGGAAAGUCAAAAUGAAGGCGAUGACAGAAAAAAUAAUGAAGAGUGGUCAGCAGCUGAAGAAGUAUCAUGUGAUAAUAGUGAAAGUGACCACUGUAAUGACUUGCCUGUUUGUGAACUACAGAAAAAAAGAAAUCAGAAGGAAAACAAACCAAUACCGAAGCCACGGGUGCACAAAACAAGAAAUGCUUCAGCAUCAGAUCAAGAUCAGAAGAUCAGUACCAGUGACUUGAAACCAGAGGACAAUAGUAGAAAAUCCUCUUCUGUGAUGGAAGUAAUGGUGACCACAGUAUAUGAGAAAACAAAGAAAUUAGGGAAGACAACAGAUGACAAUUCAGAUGAAAUGGUGAAAAUAGUGGAAGGACAAGUAGUAACUGAUACAAUACUGAACGUAUCAGUGAAUGAUCAAUCUGAGCACGGGGAGGCAGAGAACACUCCAAAGGACUCAUUGAAACUAAGUGAAACAAAGGAGAGAGUUCUACAAAACCCUAAAGCUUCAUUAUCUGACAGGUCUCUGUCUUCUGCACACUUAAAGAAAAAGGCAAAAGCUGUUCCAUCAGCUACACCUGUUUCAUCUCAAUAUCUGGGAUCAUUAAAGGUGUUGGAGGAUAAACGCAUGCAGAAGAACAGUACAGAAUUUGAUAAAGCAGAUAGUUUACGAGCAGCUGUUUUUCAGAAUUGGUUGGAAAAGAAAAGGGUCUUUCUAUUGGAAUUAAAGAGAACUGAGAAGAAAAAAGCUGAAAAUCUAAGGAAAAAUACUCAAAAGAAAGAAGCUGCUAAAAGAGAGGAAGCAAUUGCAUCGUUUGAAGCCUGGAAGAAAAAGAAAGGACUAGAAGCAAAGAAGUUAAGUGAAAAAAAGAAGCUUGAGGAACUUAAGAAAAAGAAAGCAGCAGAACAGAAUGAGGAGAAAACAGAAGCAGCGCAGAAGGCAUUCGAAAAAUGGAAAGAAAGAAAAGCAGAAUAUUUAAGAGAGCAAAGCAGAAGGGAAAAACAGUCUGAAAGAAUCAGGAAGAAGAAAGAAGAGGAAAUGGUUGCAGAGAAGAAGAGAGACAGCAUGUCAGCAGUUGAAAAAUGGAAUGAAAAAAAGGAAGAAUAUAUGAAACAGAAGAAAGUAGAAAGAAUCCUGGAAAGAAGAAAGCAAGAAAUACAACAGGCAAAGAAAGAAGAAAAAAAUAAAAAGGCUAUGGAGGAAUAUGAAAGAUGGCUGGAAAAGAAGGAGAGGAGAGAGCAGCUUGAGAAGAAGCAAAAGAAGCUGCAGGCUGUCCAUGGGGAUGAAGCACCUUAUCCCUGGAGUCCACCUGGCAAAGUCACAUAUUCAAGGAAUUAUUGAGCAGCCUGUUGCCUUCUGUGAGAAAGGGUGAUCCACAAAGUUCUGACAAUGGCUAGUCAUGAUCUCAAUAACAGCUGAUUUUCACUGAAUCCGUAAGAGAUGUUGCGUCCUUUCUUUUCGGUUUAUGUUGUCUUUGGAGCUUAAAUAGAUCACCUGUCCCUUUGCAUUGCUUUAGAAAAUACACUGAUUUUUGUUAUUCCACAUUUAACUUAGUUUUGCUAAAUCCUGUGGUACUUUGUUCGUUUUUGGUGAAAGUGUAUAUUCAGCAUACAUAAGGCUGGACUCUGGCAUUUUUUUCACCCAAUAAGUAGCAGAAUGGUUAUUUUUAAGUUACUAGGCCAUACUGCUGGGCAGUUAAGCCUGGAGGAAAUGCUUUGUGAAGGGGGAGUGGAGGUGAUGGGCAAGGAGAUAUUGGCUCUCUUGUGGUGAAAGAAGACAAAAGGCUAAAUAGUAUGGUAGGGGGAUAUAAUUUUCAUACAUGAAGAGACAAGCUAUAGAGAACAUAACAUUAUUCUUAGAUUAUGUUACGUUACGAAAUAUAAAAAUAUCUUUUAAAUUAAAACUGCAUCAAGCAAAAACAGGAUUUUAUGGGGCCAAAAAACAUCAGGCAUGGUACAAAAGAAUUAAACUGGAAUCCAUAUGAUGUAAAAUGACCCAGGACUAAGUAAGACACUAGCUGUUAAUUCUAUUUCAGGUCUUCAUAUACAUUCCAUAGAUUUCCUACUUCCUACAGGAAACAGCAGUUGUAGAGGCAUGUUUUGCAGUUCACACAAAAUCCUACAUAAAAACCGCAAGGGCAGGACAGUGGUACACCUAUGAGGCAACCUUAGACACUGAAAAUUAUUUUCUUGGAAGUUAAUUUAAAGGCUUCUGUGGUUGUUUUUACAUGAUCAAGUAAAUCCUUCCCACACAGGUUUUCAUCAUUACUAAUGAGCUAGUUGCUGUAGUAAAUUAUUAAAAUUUCUUCUGGGUUUUUGUGGCUAUUUGCCUUGCUAUUUUGCAGCCAGUGGCAAGGCUACAUAUCUUUAGAGAUCUUAAAAUCUCUUGCUUGCCUGCUGUCUAAGCUCAAGCUGUUACUUAGGUUUGUAUUUUCUUAUUUGAAUUUUGAUAAUCACUCCAGAUCAGAUUUGCUCCUCAAGUGUGUAUUCUUAAAAAACAAAACCAUCACCAACCAAGAAGUAAAAAAACCCCUAGUGUUUAAAUUAUAGAUGCAUUUUCUCAAAUAAGAAUCUUGCUCCUGUUUAGACUAACAGCCUCCUUUGGAAGUCAAAGGAGCAUUUGAGAAAGACUUGCCUUUUUCUCUCAAGUCCUGAGCUGUUCAUAAAUCACUGAGAUACUCUGUAUCACUGAGAUAAUUCUGUAUUUCAUGUAACACUGGGGCACCUCCUCAGAAAAGAAAAACCACAAGACCAGCAACCAGAUUAAUUUCUUUAGCUUCCUGAUGUUUCUUGCUUGUUUUUUUACAUUUUAGUGAGAGCCACUAAGGAUUUAGAGGCAUUUGUUUUAGCCAUAACUGUUUCUAUUGCCAGCAUGCUGUACAGGUGAAAUGUAUUGCUGGUAUAUAUGUAAAAAUGAAAUCAGAUGGAUAUCUAUUCUAUCUCAUUGAAUAUGGUCCUGUUUGUUAUUGUUAGUGUGAACUCUAGUUCUGUGUAUUCCUAAUUCAGACCUUUUGCAAAGUUUAUGAAAGGCAAAAGUGGGUGGUAGAAAGCAAACAGGUAAGAUACGUUUGUUAGAAAGGUAGGUGGUGGUGCAGUUACCAUCAUUAACCUAAUUUCGAGUGUAGAGGAAGGCUUGUAAGAUGUACAAUAUUUCUGUUGCGUGUGACCUUUUGACAGUGUGAAGAAGUGUUUGCUAAGCUUGAGAAUAAUGAGGAGGUUUCACUAGUAGUGCUGGAUUUGUGUACAGCCAGAUCAUCUGAUGUAUCAGAUUUGAUCCAUUGCGAGGAGUCAUUGCAGAUUCAUUACUGCUUCUUCUAGAUUAUGGAGUAUCUUUAUUGCAGGAUCGGGUUUCAGUGUAUUGCCUGGUAUUUUACACUGCAUGUCUUGACUUUCAGUUGCCUUGCAUGAGCCUUGUUCAUGCUAGCCCUGUUUUGCAUUGGGAUUUUUGAGCAGGUCUCUGUCCUGCCUCUUGCUUCUAGCUCUUCCUCAAAAGACAAUUGCACUGGACCUGGCUUUUAUUCUUUAAUUUUUUUCUAGCCUCCUGUCACUAGGCUGCUCACCCAGAAAGGUUGUGGAUGGAACAGUUUUUGUUCCCCUAAGGAGUUUAUAGAUAAGGUAGGGACCUUUAUGAUACCCAUCCUUUGAUUAUAUGCUGCCUGCAGGUAAUGCACACUUGAUGUGUUCCAGUGGACCUUAAUGACGAUAGAGACCUUUUUGCUCCUUCUGUGAGACUCAAUUUGUGCAAAGAGCCAUCACUCAAAUGCUAAAAUUCUGGAUAGGGUGGCAUUCGUACAGGUUCAUGCUAAGCAUGUCUUCCUCCUUGGGUGGAAGAAGGCAUCGGUCAAGAAGGGGAGAGGGCAGGAGAGAGGCAGUGGAGUGCAGGCUGGAGCUUUCAGAAGCACCCUGAGGCCUGCAGUCUGCUCUUGCAGAGUCCUGGGAGUCUGGCAGUGUUCCUAGGCCAUUGGUGGUUUUUCUUGUAGGCUCUCUUCACAGUAGUACCCACGCUGAGCUUCCUGCGCUGCAGUGUUGGAGUGCGCUGCCCUACCACAGAAGUUCCCAGUUAAGGAAUCCUGCAUGUUAGGUGUUUUGGAGAGAUCCAGCAAAUCCACAUUGUAACCUGGCUUAAGCCAGGCUCUAGCACAGGUAUUGCAGACAUUGCUUUCAUAAACUCUGGGUCUGGCUCUGGCUGUUACCUCAUGGCAGGUCAGGCAUUUUUUUCCAGCAGCAGUGGUAUCACUACGACAGUAUUGGUGUUCAAAGAGAAAGCAGAAUCCACUGCCCACAGAAACUUCCAAGAAGUUGAGAAGAGCAGCUUCAGUGGGCGGUCUAAGAGGUAGGGUAAAAUUACAGAUACCAGCAGGAGAGAGGUGGCAGAAUUACAGCGCAGGCAGAAUGCAACAGACCUACCAACUCAAAAUUAACCCACCAAAAUUUUAUGGCAGAAAAAAAAUUGAAUUAAUUCAGGUAUUUAGGCUGGAGCGGUGAGGUGCAUCAUCUGUCUGCUAGACUUCUAGCACCUGGAGCCUUGAAUUCAGGUUUAGUGUGUCAAGCUAUAAUAUCAUGUGAAGAUGAAAUAAGUAGCAGGCAGCAGUUUCCUGUAUGGCUGUCACAGUUUUGAUCAGGAGAGUCUGAGGCAAAGCAUUUAGUCUGUGUGAAACAAAUUGCCUGGACCUUUAUCUUUGCAGUGUCCACCUGAAGCAACAAGGCGGGUUCCUGUGCUGACAGGCUUAUAGUUGAGGGGUGCAAAUGAAAAGGAUGGUAGAAGUAGUGGCAGGGCUGGAAAAGGGUUUGUCAUGUGCCUGUGCCUAAACUGGGUACUGCAUCCUUACUUGCUUUAAGCGAUAGAAAAUUUUCGGCAGAAGAUCGAAGUGGAAAGAUGUUGGUGAAAUCGUUCAGAGGAGUGGUAUACCUGACGCUCACAUAAAUUCCCCACUUUUCAAUCAGAAAAAGAUGCUGAAUAUCCAUAGACAUGGAAAAACAGUUGCUACAACUGUGUGUUUAACUUUUUUAAUAAAAUUUUGGGAGCUUUGUCUAAUUUUAUGUUGUAAAAACUUGAACAUGUUAUAGCAUGAUGCAAAUGUAGAAAAAAUAGAGCUAAGAAAUGUGAACAUAUGUACAUUAAUUUAUAAAAAUGUAUCUGUAAAUCCUGUUAAUAUGUUUACUGAUGACAGAGGGAAAAUAUUUUGAUAUUUAAUAAAGUAUAUUUUAGUACAA